GUUUCGGACCAUAUAAUUGCGAUACUUGUUACAGAUUUAAUUAAUUGUGAAAACAAAGUAUCAGAUUCCUGUAUCUUCGGUGUUGAAAACGUGUUGCUAUAUUUAUUCACGAGCAAUAUUACAAACGGUCAAGUUGUCAAAGCAAACGAAAUUUGCAGUUAUAUUGAUUUAUCAAAACCAGUCAUCUUUUUGACCCAUGGAUUUAUUUCAAAUGCAAAAGCGUAUAACUUUUCCGUACUUGCUUCACGAUUAGUAGAGAAUGGUUAUACAGUAGUUUCGCUGGAUUGGGCUGAUGGAUCGUGUUAUGAUGAUUUCUGUCUAUCCGAUAUAAAUAUAUUUUUCUUAAAUCUAGGUAAACUAAAUUUGUUGGAGUAUCCGUUUGCAACAAAAAACACACGCGAAGUUGGUAACUACUUGGCUAGUUCCAUCAAAUCAGUAAUCAAAUGCGGUGUUAAGUUGGAAAACAUUACACUCAUGGGCCACAGUCUUGGCGCGCAUAUAAGCGCCUUCGCCGCGAAGAAUAUAACUAAAACUACGGAUUACGGCAAACCUCCGCUUCUAAUCGGUACCGACCCAGCAGCCCCCUUAUUCGAGGGCCUACCUUGCAAAUACAGAUUUUGCGAUGGAGAUGCCAAACGUGUACUCGCUUUCCACACGUCGAUUCUCGGGAUACAACAGACUAUAGCUGACUGCGAUUUUUGGUUCAAUAAUGGAUUCGAUCAACCAGCGUGCAACGUGUGGUCGAUACCAGGCACGGGUGCUGCAAACACAAAUUGCUCGCACAAUAUAGCCAUUGAUUAUUUGGCUAAUACAUUGUUAAAAAAUUGUACGUAUGCAGCUGUUCCUAUAGGAAAGGACAUAAAUCCGCUUCCCAAUCUUAAACUCGAGUGUUCUCCCAAGGGAACCGAAUGCAUUGCUGUGGAUGACAAAGUAUUCGACCCUAAGUCUACCACAAUGGGAAACUAUUGUGUAAAUGUUUCCUCGGAAUAUCCCUAUUGUACAAAUAGUAAUUGUACGCGUCAAGAAUAAGCAAUUGCCAACCAAUUUAACAUUAGAAUUUCUAAUUACAUUUAGGUGAUGGGUACGUCUAUAUUUACAUCUUCUGUUGUUGAAAUCUUUAGCACAGUUUUAUUGCUGUACAAUUGGCACAAUGAGAUCUCUACACGUCUUUAUUUAGCACGCUACUUUGUUGUUGAAGUCUAUGCACUGUUACUGAUGAAAAAAAUAAAGCACUGCAAUCUAUAAGA